AUGAUUCCCAACUCACAACACAAGAAUGACCCAAGCAACAACACUGAAAUGAUGGCAUCAUGCUGUGGAGAGACUGCAACAGAAACCCAUACAUCAAGGAGCACUCCUUUGCCCACUGUUGCAACAUGGAAAUUACUCGAACAACGACCUGUGGUGGAGUCUAAAUGGGUUUCUGUCUAUUCGGAACGACUCGAUACAGGAGACGGAAAGAUCAUUGACCCAUUCUUUUCCAUCAAGUAUCAAAACUGGUGUCUUGUGAUUGCCAUUACCCCCUCCAAACAAGUGCUCGUUAAUCAACAGUAUCGGAGAGGGUGCAAUUGUGUCGCUCGAGAAUUUGUUACAGGGGCAAGAGAAGAAAAUGAAGAACCCAAAGAAGCUGCCGUUCGUGAAUUGUUGGAAGAAACAGGGUACGAGUUGCUGAAUGGGGAUGUCGAUAAAGAUGUUGUCCAAUUAGGCUCUCCUCUUUACGAGGACGCUAAUAGAAACUCGUGUGUUUGUCAUGCCUUUGUAGCGAUGGUCAAAGAAGAGCCAACUCACAAACAAACUCUAGACCCCUAUGAACAAAUUAUUGUGUCCAAAGAAAGCCUUAGUCAAGUUAGAAGAUGGUGCUUUGAUGGAACGAUCAAAAGUGGUAUGCAUAUAACGAUGUUCUAUAGAUGCCUCAGUAUUUUACAUGAGAUGGGUAUUGUAGACGCUAUUCCCAUCCUGUUAGGAGAUUGCUAA